AUGGCGCGGCACCCCAAAAUUAAAGGCGGCAGCACGACGCAGCCAAAACGCCGCAAAAAGGCCAGCGCACUCGGCAGCAGCAGCAGCCCCACGCUCUCGGCCACGUCGUCCUCGGGCAGCUCCUUAGCAGCGUCCGGCCACCACCGCGAGUGCGAGCAGUGCGGCAACAACGCGCUGCUCGAGGGCGUCGCUCGUGGCGCGUCGAUCAAGAGCAAGAGCGCUGCGGCGUCCACGGGCUGCCAGAUCUGCGACUUUGUCGCCUACCGCCGCUCGCAACGGCCCUGUGUCCAGUGCGCGCGCACGAGUUGCGACCACUUUUGCGAGUGGUGCGGCAAGGGCUUCCACGUCAAGUGCGCGCGGCUGCGAGACGAAGACGUGGGCAAUCCGAACGGUUUCUGCUGCCACAAGUGCGAAGUCGAGCAGAGCGUGGACGGCCACGCAAUGGGUACACGACGACAAGGACAAGAACGAGGCGAUGGGUACAGACCUCAAGGACCCGAUAAUGGGUACAGACGACGACGACGACGACGACUGGGGUCACGAUGUGGCAGCUGUCGACUGCCGUUCGCCAUGACGGGGAGAGAGGGCGAGGACGGGAAGACGGCGGCUGCUGGGACGGGGUUUAAAGUGAACCAAGCCGUGCUCGUGGACAAUGACGAGGUGCUGUACAACGCCGUGAUCACAGAAGUGGACGCGCUGAGCGAGCGCAUUAAAAUCCACUUUACGCGAUGGAGCAAGUCGUUUGACGAUUGGUACGCGAUGGAGGACGAGCACAUUAACGAGAGUCUCGCGUGCGACUGCUGCAACAAUUGGUUCCACAUUGGCUGCUUGCCGCCUAUUAAGAGCUCGGGCCGGUGGAAAGACUCGACGUACGUCUGUCCACGAUGUAUCGACGAUGCACGGGCGUUCCAUAAUGACAGUCGAGCAGCGCUCAAGGCGAAAGCUGCGAAUCCAACUGGUGUCACGAGCAACGCGAUUGCGAAAGCGCUGAAGAAAGUGGAAACGCCGAAAGAGGGAGAAGUAGGUGGCGCGAAGUCGAAGACGGAGAGUCAAAAUGAAGAAAAAGCAGAAACGGGUCGGGCUCUGAAGGGGCCGACGAAGAAGAAGCGAAAGCUGACAGACGUGGCCAAUGCUUCGUCAGUGAAGGCGCGGUCAGCUGAGAGUGCGAGUGAACGAGCUGCGAAGAAUGCAAGGAGGGCCCUAUCUGACUCAGAUGCUGCAAUGCCAGCACAACCAAAAGAAUUUGCGCCGGCUGAAGCUAUACUGAAGAUUUCCUUAGCGCCCUCGGGAGCAGGAGCUGACUCGUCAAAUGAUCAUGCGGCAUUGAUGGACGUAAAUAUACAGGCGAAAGCAAAGACGUCGAAGAUGCCUGUCGCAAAAGCAAACGCUGCUGCGUCGAUGAAUGCUUUGGCUACGAUGCACAUGUCCCCAGAGCGCACGAUUAAGGCAGCGUCCGAGGCACACAGCUCGCCAUAUAAAGCUGCAGCCGCUAAGAUUGGUGCAAGCAACGAGCCAGCUGCGGACGACCCUAUUUCAGAUAAGCACGAGAAAAAGUUGACGACAUCUGAGACUUCUGCACCGGAGCAAUCGAAGUGGCACUCGUCAUGCAACACAGUAAUGUCGCUUUUGAACAGUCCAUCAUCAAGUGGGACACCUACAAAGGCAUUCAAGCCCACAGUGACCUCAAUGCCCAUGCUGAACACGUCAGACAAUCAAAAUGGGAUACUUACCGCGUCACCAGAGCCGGUGAUGACGAUGCCGGCCAACUUCCAGGUGUACGUGAAGAUGGAGCCAAACCAUGGGCAAUUUUCGUUGUAUCCGCGUCCGGUGCCAAACGGCAAGUCAGUCCAAGCAAGUCGAAAAGAGGCGGCAGCUGUAUCGACGAAAUCAACGAAGGCAGCAACCGUGCGACAAACGAAGCAGUGCCAGACAGGUGCUGGAGGGCGUAACCUCAGCGCUUUCGACAUUCUACGAGAAGUAGCGUCGCAGGAGAUCGACGAAAGUGCCGCUUUUGUAAAGCUAAAGUGUGAGAGACGUCUUAUGGGUCGAGGUAUCAGCACUAGUACUAGCAAGCGUGCGAAAAUGGACAUGUCUACGUGUCCAUCCAACGCUGCCGCAUCGCCUGGGCGUACAGUGUCACCUGGUGUAUUUGGUGCACGCACUGUUUCAGACACCAGCCAGUCACCGCAGACCCGCGACCGCAUACAAAUGAACUCGUUCGUGGACCUGCACUUCAGCAUUCGCAAGGAGAUGUACCUUCGUUUUUGUCGUCUGGAAGAGGAAGGGAUGCUGACGCGCGACACGGCGCAUUUGUUGCGCUCGCUUAUAUACCCGACGUCGGAGAGAUUCCAAGAUCUCAAGUUUGUGUACCUCGUGAACAAAGACGUAUCAUCGAUACAGCUCACGAAGCGACUUCUGGAAGCGGUACCGUACCCUCCAACAGGGUCGAAACCAAUCGCUAGGACAGUUCCUCACGCUUCUUCUAGUGCCUGUGGUGGAAGGGGUACCGGAGGACUUCCAAUGUCGAUGAAAAUGUUUCCUGCUGGUCUGAGCUGCAACCCGUCACCUACCGGCACGUCUCACAUGGGUCUACUGCCUCCACCUCCGGGUUCUACGUUCCUGAGACUGAAGCCCCCGCAAUCUGACGACAGUAGCGUUUCUCGACAUGUAUCUGGAAAUGUCGUCGUGUCCCAACCACACUCGCCGCGAUCAAGUGCAAGUCCUGUUUCCGGAUCCGUCAAUACGGCGAAGCGAUCGGAAAUGAUGAUGAUGGAGCAUCUUGCACCGACGUCGCGUCGCCUUGUUGCGGGACGAGAGGGUGCAACAAGCCAGCAGCAGCAACAACAACAGCAGCAGCAGCAACAACAGCAGCAAUUAUUGAACUUACGGUAA